GUUUAAGAAAACUAUAACUAACUAUUUUGUUUUGCCCUUCUUUUGGCGCGAAACGUGGAUUCAAUAACCGAAACAAUAGCAUCUAUUAACCCACACACCCACACACACACUCUCUCUUCGUUACACCACCACAACCCUAAUUCCCAAUUUUCCCAAUUCACCAAUUCUAACGCACACAAAUCGAAUUACAGGGAGAAGAAGAAGAAGAAGAAGAAGAAGAAGAUAAGAAUGGCGCAGGUACAAGCCGAAGAGAAGAUGAUCCCUGAGGAUCCAGAAAAAGGUGGUAGCGGGGGUGCUGCUGCUGCACAAGAGAGUGCGCAAUCGGGUUUCAAGUUCAAUGCACAAGCACCUGAAUUUGUUCCAAGAUCGCAUACGCAGGUUCCGAUUUCCGGUUAUUUCUAUCCCUGCUUUCAGAUUCUUGGUGGAUCUUCUGAUUCGGAUUGGUUCUACGUUGGAGAUCAUGAUCCUGCUGCAUGUUUGAUCCCUGCCGCUGCCACCUCUGCCAUCGCCGCUGCUCCAAUCCCUAAUUGCUCCAACAAGAAUGUCCUCACCCCUGAUCUCCAGCAAAAGAUCAUCAAGCAGGUGGAGUACCAGUUUAGUGAUAUGAGCUUACUGGCAAAUGAAUCUUUUCAGAAACAGGUGAAUAAAGAUCCUGAAGGUUAUGUUCCAAUAAGCCUAAUUGCUUCAACCAAAAAGAUCAAAUCCCUAACUAAUAACACUCAUCUAAUCACCCAGGCUCUCCGUUCAUCUUCGAAAGUUGUUUUGAGUCCUGAUGGCAAGAAGGUUAAACGUAAAAACCCUUUCACCGAAAAGGAUAAAGAGGAAUUGCAGUCUCGUACUGUUGUGGCAGAGAAUUUACCGGAUGAUCAUUCCCAUCAAAAUAUUCAGAAAAUAUUCUCUGUAGUUGGAAGUGUGAAAACAAUUAGAAUAUGCCAUCCCCCAGAAUCCAAUUCUUCACGUCCAAAGGGUGAUUUUUUCAUCAGUAACAAGCUUCAUGCACUUGUGGAGUAUGAGACACCGGAUGUAGCUGAGAAAGCUGUUGAGAAGUUAAACGAUGAAAGGAACUGGAGGAAAGGUAUGCGAGUAAGGGUGCUGUUUAGAUGUUCGCCCAAAUCUGUCCUGAAGAGCAGAAAGUCGGAUUUCGAUGGCUAUUUGGAUGACGAUGACAUGCUAAAUUCUGAUUCUGCUGAGGAUUCGUCUCAUUCAAACAACACUGAAUUAACUGCUGACACUAAUGUUGACGAAAAUUCAGUAGGAUCGAAGAAAGGAUGGGCUAGAGGCCGUGGAAAGGGAAGAGGACGCACUCAAACUCACGCCGGUCGUGGCCUACUUGCGCCACCUUCUCAACCGAGCAGCGUUGUCCUUUGCGAAGCAUCUACUAAAUCCAACACCAAGGGCCCGCGAAUGCCAGAUGGGACAAGAGGUUUCACCAUGGGGCGGGGCAAGCCGAUCAACUCUCCCGCUCUAGCCUCUUCGCCUCAAGAGUGAUGAGUGUUUUUUUGCAAGUUUUUUUACCGUAUGCUUUCCUAGUGAAGUUUUAAGGAACAACUUUUGUAUUUCAGUUCUCACCACCGCAGUCUUCAACCUCAGCCAAUUGAUUUAUGUGUGGCAUGGGAAGAUGGUUCCGAUCUUUACGAUUUUUGGUAAUAAUUCAAGAUGUAUAGUGUUUUAUGGUGUGGCAGAUACUGAAGACAAGCGGCCACAGUUAUCUCAAAUUUUGAUAAUUUGCUUCUCUUAGAAGCGUUCACUUUAACUAGAAUCACUAUGAAUGGAAUAGAACAAGAACUCUCUUUGUCAAGAUUGCCCUAAUUCAUAUAAAUCAUAGU